CCUAGCUCGUCUGCAUAGCUGAAUUAAAGCUGCUCCCGAAACGGUCCCGUACAGAAUUUUUGAUUACCUAAAAACCUCUCCACCGCUCAUAUCGAUUCACGAUUUGGAUGCAGAAAGCUCUCCCGCUGUCUGCAGCGGUUUCAAGCCAGCUAGUGUAGCUAGGGAAGUUGAGCGGGUGAAUCAAGAGAAACUACUACUCUACACUGCCGUUUAAAGUAGGACAAUUAUAUCCCCCUUCCAGCAACUUAAAACCCAAGGAAAAAGAAAAACAAGUAGAAAAAAAAAAUCCGAGAAAAAUAAAAAGAGCUACACACCGUCCCAGAAUCUCAGCAACUAAAAGAUAAAAAAAAUUAAACAGCCAUCUAACGAUAGCCAUCUAACGAAACCGUCUUUAUCAAACCGUACCUGAAAUGUUGUUGAUCGCUGUCCUGAGUAGUAUCUAGGUCCAAAGGUAGUGGCUAUCCUGCUUUUUUUAACUCCCGGACCGUCCGGGAUGAUGCAAAGUGAUGUUGUAUAUUCAGUUGAGAGAGUUGCAGGAAUAUAGAGAAAUGUAUAGAUCUUCGUCCUUCUACUAUGGAAAGGAAGUUUGACCGCUGAAAGGAGGUUGACAGCGUUGAGCAGUGCGGGCGAGGAGGACGCCCCCAGCAAGAGCCCCGCCGCCCCUGCCACCGCCCAGCCAAGCCCGGUCCGCCCACCGCCUCUCUAUGAGCAUGAACGGCUGAGGCCCUUGCCCCCCACCAUGGCCAAGAAAAGGGGGCAUGUGACCCCCCACGGGAAAGGGCCCUCCUCGCUCUUCCUCUUCAGCGAGACCAAUGUCAUCCGACGGUGCACCCGCUUCAUCAUAGAGUGGCUCACUCCAUUCGAGUAUGCAGUAUUGCUGACUAUCAUUGCCAACUGUGUAGUCCUGGCCUUGGAGGAGCAUCUACCAAAAGACGAUAGGGCGCCACUAGCACAGAAAUUAGAACUUACAGAAACAUACUUCUUAGCGAUAUUUUGUGUAGAAUCUUCAGUAAAGAUCUUAGCGUUAGGCUUUGUACUUCAUAAGGGGGCAUAUCUACGUAACAUCUGGAACAUCAUGGAUUUUGUUGUAGUAGUAACGGGGUUCAUAACUUUUUUGGUAUCCGAAGAUUUAGAUGUAGAUCUACGGACGUUACGGGCAAUACGUGUUUUGCGGCCGCUCAAACUGGUGUCUGGUAUACCCAGUUUGCAAGUGGUUCUCAAGUCCAUCAUCAAAGCAAUGGCGCCUCUGUUACAAAUUGGCCUUUUGGUGCUGUUUGCCAUCGUGAUCUUUGCCAUCAUCGGCCUUGAGUUCUACAGUGGUGCUUUACACAAAACAUGUUACAUACAGCCGGACUUAGUGGAGAUCUACAAGGAAGGUGAAGCGGAGACCCCGUGCUAUAAAGGGAAUGAAGAAACUGCCCCUACUGGUUCCCGCAUUUGUCCCGCGGAAAUCACUGAAUGCAAGGAAGGCUGGAUCGGCCCCAACUACGGAAUAACCAGCUUCGAUAACAUCUUUUUUGCCAUGUUGACGGUCUUCCAGUGCAUUACCAUGGAGGGUUGGACGGCAAUGCUGUAUUGGACAAAUGAUUCGAUGGGGAGUUCGUAUAACUGGAUAUAUUUCGUGCCCCUUAUCAUCAUUGGAUCCUUUUUUAUGCUCAAUUUAGUUCUUGGUGUCCUUAGUGGUGAAUUUGCAAAAGAGAGAGAGCGUGUAGAAAAUAGACAAGAAUUUCUUAAGCUAAGAAGGCAACAACAAUUAGAAAGAGAGCUUAAUGGAUAUGUAGAAUGGAUAUGCAAAGCUGAGGAAGUUAUAUUGAAUGAAGAAAGAACAACAGAAGAAGAAAAACUGCAUAUUAUGGAAGCAAGACGUAAAGCUGCAGCUAAACGAAAAAAAUUAAAAAACAUGCACAGUAGAAGCACUGAAGAAGAGGAAGAAGGUGAUGAUGAAGCACCAACUACUACAAAGUUUAAGAUCAAAGGCAUUGCGAGGUCUUCCUAUUUGAAAACGCCAAUGAGAGAUAGAGGGAAAUGUAAAAAGUUUUGGCGAGCAGAAAAAAGACUUAGGUUCACUAUUCGCCAUGUAUCCAAAUCACAAACAUUUUAUUGGGUUGUUAUUGUCCUUGUAUUUUUGAAUACUGUGUGUGUAGCUGUAGAACACUACAACCAACCUCAAUGGCUGGAUGAUUUUUUAUACUAUGCAGAAUAUGUAUUUUUGGGUCUUUUCAUUUCUGAAAUGCUUUUAAAAGUUUAUGCCCUGGGAGCACGCAUUUAUUUUGAAUCUGCCUUUAAUCGUUUCGACUGUGUUGUUAUCUCUGGUAGUAUAUUUGAAGUUGUAUGGUCCAGUGUUAGAGGGGGAUCUUUUGGUCUCUCUGUUCUUAGAGCAUUGAGGUUGCUCAGAAUUUUUAAAGUCACAAAGUAUUGGUCAUCCCUUCGUAAUUUAGUUAUAUCAUUGCUCAACAGUAUGAGAUCGAUCAUCAGUUUAUUGUUUCUACUCUUCCUUUUUAUACUUAUAUUUGCCCUUCUUGGUAUGCAACUGUUUGGAGGAGCGUUCAAUUUUCCUGAAGGUACACCUCCAGCAAAUUUUAACACAUUUCCUAUUGCCUUGCUUACAGUAUUUCAGAUUCUAACAGGUGAAGAUUGGAAUGAUGUCAUGUACAAAGGUAUAGAGUCGCAGAAUGGUAUUGCGAAUGGUGGGAUGAAGUACAGCUUAUAUUUUAUAAUUUUAGUGCUGUUUGGUAACUAUACUCUACUGAAUGUGUUCUUGGCUAUCGCCGUUGAUAAUUUAGCAAAUGCACAAGAACUUACAGCCGCAGAAGCGGAAGAAGCCGAAGAAGAUAAAGAGAGAGCUAAAGAAGAGUUAGACAAAGAACUGAAAGAUUUGCAAAUGUCAAGUGAUCCUCCUCAGGUCAAUAUCUGCCCUCCAUCUCCCAUGAACAAUGCAGAAAAGGGGAAAAAUUUUAACCCUGAAAAAGGAAGCAAUGAGAAAAUUGAUAAAUCAGAGGGAGAUGAAGAGAAAGAAAAUAACCCUGAUGGAGAAGAAGGAGAAGCGAGACCGGGACCGAAACCAAUUUUGCCCUAUUCUUCCAUGUUCAUCCUUUCACCCACAAAUCCGAUCCGUGUUUUAGCUCAUUACAUUGUAAAUCUUCGUUAUUUUGAUUUGUUCAUCAUGAUCAUCAUCACUUUAAGUAGUAUAGCACUAGCAGCAGAAGAUCCAGUUGAUGAAGACUCUCCUAGUAAUACAAUUUUGAAUUACUUCGAUUACGCUUUCACUGGAUUUUUUGCAAUAGAGAUGGUUUUAAAGGUUGUAGAUCAAGGUGUCGUCCUUCACCGAGGUUCCUAUUGCCGAGAUUUAUGGAACAUUCUGGAUGCAAUUGUUGUUAUUUGUGCUCUUGUUGCCUUUGCCUUUGUUGGGAGUAGUACUGGUCAAAAUCUUAGCACCAUUAAAUCUCUGAGGGUUCUUAGAGUUCUCAGACCGCUCAAGACCAUCAAGAGAGUACCUAAACUAAAGGCUGUGUUUGAUUGUGUUGUAACUUCAUUAAAAAAUGUCUUCAAUAUCCUCAUUGUUUAUAUUCUGUUUCAAUUCAUCUUUGCUGUGAUAGCUGUUCAGUUGUUCAACGGGAAAUUUUUUUAUUGUACAGAUCAGUCAAAGCUCAAUGAAGAAACAUGCCAAGGUGAAUAUUUUAUAUUCAGUAGUAGUGAUAAACCACCAGAGGUUGAAAAGCGUGUUUGGGCUAAGCGAGAUUUUCAUUACGAUGAUGUAGCUGCAGCCAUGCUAACAUUGUUUGCUGUACAGACUGGGGAAGGGUGGCCUUCGGUGCUUCAACACUCCAUGGAUUCAACAUAUGAAAAUGAGGGUCCUCUUCCUAGGUUUCGCGUAGAAAUGGCUAUAUUUUAUAUUGUGUUUUUCAUCGUGUUUCCAUUUUUCUUUGUUAACAUAUUCGUGGCCUUAAUUAUCAUCACCUUCCAAGAACAAGGAGAGAAAGAAUUGGAAGAAGGUGAUUUGGAUAAGAAUCAGAAGUCUUGCAUUGAUUUUGCCAUACACGCAAAACCUUUGGAGAGAUAUAUGCCGCCUGACAAAGAGGGUGUGAAGUAUCGCAUUUGGAAGAUGGUAGUGUCAACACCUUUUGAAUAUUUCAUCAUGAUACUAAUUGUAUGCAAUACUCUUUUGCUCAUGAUGAAGCAUGACGGUCAAAGCAGUGUCUUUACGAAUACCUUGAAGUAUAUGAAUAUGACCUUCACUUCACUAUUCUCCCUUGAAUGUUUGCUCAAGAUCGUGGCAUAUGGAGCCAGGUACCACAACGCAAGCAUUUUGUACCUAGACAUUUUAAGCUACUUGAACGAGGUUUUCACAUCUAUGUUCCUGCUAGAAUGUAUACUGAAGCUUGUGGCUUUUGGAUGCAAGAAUUUUUUUAGAGACCCAUGGAACACAUUUGAUUUUAUCACUGUAGUUGGAAGUGUUAUAGAUGUCAUGGUAAUGGAAUUAGGGACACUUCUCUCAACACAGAUCAACUUUUUCAAUGUUGGAUUUUUGAGAUUGUUUCGAGCUGCUCGUCUAAUCAAGCUUUUGAGACAAGGUUAUACCAUAAGAAUUUUGCUUUGGACUUUUAUACAAUCGUUUAAGGCUCUUCCAUAUGUCUGUUUGCUUAUUGCCAUGCUGUUUUUUAUUUAUGCAAUAAUUGGAAUGCAAGUUUUUGGAAAUAUCCAGUUUGAUCCAGAUACAGAAAUGAAUCGCCACAACAACUUCCAUACCUUCAUACAGUCCCUCAUGCUCUUGUUUAGGUGUGCCACAGGGGAAGCUUGGCAAGCCAUUAUGCUAUCAUGCAUAAAAGGGUCACCGUGUGAUGAACGCUCAAAGAAAGGUCCAUUUGAAUGUGGAAGCAAUUUAGCAUAUGCUUAUUUUGUGAGCUUCAUCUUUUUUUGUUCGUUUUUGAUGUUAAAUCUUUUUGUUGCUGUAAUUAUGGAUAAUUUUGAUUAUUUAACCCGAGAUUCUUCUAUUCUUGGGGCUCAUCAUUUAGAUGAAUUCAUUAGAAUGUGGGCAGAAUAUGAUCCUAGUGCUACAGGUCAAAUUCAUUAUACAGAAAUGUAUGAUAUGUUGCGCAACAUGGAUCCACCGCUGGGGUUCGGAAACAAGUGUCCUUAUCGUUUAGCAUAUAAGAAACUUAUCAGAAUGAAUAUGCCUCUUUCUCAAGAUCUAAAAGUUAACUUUACUACAACCUUAUUUGCCUUGAUAAGGGAGAAUCUCAGUAUUAAAAUAAGACCAAUUGAUGAAAUGGAUCAAGCUGACAGAGAACUGAAAGAAACGAUACGAAAAUUAUGGCCUUUGCAAGCAAAGAAAGCUAUUGAUAAACUGCUUCCCCCUGAAGACGAUUUACAAGGAAUUAAAAUAACAGUUGGGAAAAUUUAUUGUGCAUUGCUGAUACUGGAUAAUUGGAGAACAUCACGUUUUGGAAAACUGAAUACUGGACAAAGGCCAACAGAAAAGACUCCUACGCCUCCACCUGAUUCUCCGAGGCCGUCAUUACUUUGUCGCCUAAUGGGAGCCGUGCGUAAUUCAAAUUCUCGGAACAGCCACAUCAGCUAUAAUGUGGAUGAAUAUUAUGAUGAUGAUAAGAGUCAGUUUUCACGUUCACCAAGAGGAUCGAUUCUACAGUCAAAUUACAGCUUAGAUAAAAUGCAUGAAGAAGACAGAACUUGGCAACGUUCUUUUAGUUUUUUACGUCGCGGUAGCAGCAAAUAUCGAAAGAAACAUUUUGGAAACACCCAACAGACUGGAAUGGAGCUACUUGGUAUAAGUAAUUCUAGGCGACCAUCUGCCAUUAGUCUACGUUCACCAAAUAGAACAAACAAUGGAGCUGAUCACUUGAGGCCAAAUGGGUUUGGCCUAGCUCGGCGUUCACGGUCUAGAUCUCCUGGUCGAGGACGCUCUCCAACACCAACAAGGUUAAGAGCAAGGUCACCCACUCCCAUUGGCAGGUCCCCCUCUCCUCGUAGGCAUGACAUAGGAUUCUCGGACGCAGUUAGUGACGUAGUAGACCUGGUCAAAGUUGAUACAACCCGAAGAGGAAGGACACGAGCUAAGCUUCGGGGGGAUGAGUACUUAGUCCAUCCUCAUGAUUCGCCUACUAGAGGGAGAUCCCCUGAUCAGUGGCCGAACAAGUCAGCUUGGCAAGCUGGGUCUCCUCCGAGAUGGAGCCGGAACAACAGCCCCGAAUACCAUUCUUCGUGCCUUGACAGAAGAUCCCGCAGCCCAAGCCCGAAACACACGCCCACCCAUAGUGACUACCACUAUCGCAUGGGCAUCGCCCAACAGGAGCUUCGCUCACGCAGCCCAAGCCCAUCCUCCGCCCACAGCCUUCCACUACAGAGGCGUCCUGGGGGUAGACGUCUACCCCCCACCCCCAACCAGCCAUCCAGGCUGAGGUUCGACGUUCACUCCAUGGAGAGGAUUAAUUUUCCAUCUCAGAUUCAUUCCCCGCCCAUGCCUCAACACCGUGGGGUGCUGAGCGUCAUGAAUUUCCCCCGCUUGAACCCUUCACCCUCUCACUUGCCAAAGCUUCAAAUGCCACCUCUAUGGCGGGAUAGGACGUCAACAUACUUGGGAACACAGUGUCCACCUUUAAUAAGGACGGAACGGCAGAGUGGUAGCUUACCGGGAAGACCACCUGGCCUGAGGGAACGGGAUCUGUAUUUGUAUCCCACUCUAUCGUACCAUAACCAGCAUUUAGGACAUGAUGAACCUCUAAGCUUUGAAGUCGCUGCCAGCAUAGCUAGAGGAUCACGGCAACUUCCAUCACCUCUUCCUAAUGGUUAUAAACCGGGCCAAAGAGAGAGAAUGUUACACCGAGAUUCACCCAUGCUUGGAUUACGGACAGGUCACGUGGGACUAAGGCGAAGCGACUCCGAUGAUGAUGAUUGGUGUUAA